AUGAUAGAACUAACAUUAAAAGAUUUUAAUGGAGAUGAUGAUCCUUUCAAAAAAGAAAAUAAUAUCAUUACACCAUUAUUGGUGACAUUUAAGAACUGUUUAAGAAAAAGCAAUUCCUUUGUUUUCAAAUAAUGCAAAACCAUACAGAAUUGA